AUGCAGAGAGAUGCGUGGACGGACCCGAUAUCCGCUUCCCUUGAGACCCUGCCCGGGGGGGAAAGCCUGCCCGCAGACCUGGGGAAGCUGCUGCAACAGCUGGUGCAAGCGAGUGCCGCGGAGGGGGCGGGCACGGAUUCCAACGCUGCAGACGAGCUGCGGGACUCUUUGAGCUCCCUGGGGAUCUCCAUCGAAGCCCUACAGCGCCACAACCCCGGCUCCUUUGGGAGCAAAACCCUGGACGAUGUGUGGGAGAUGAUGGCCCCGCAGCGCCUGGAUGGCGACACAUCUGACGCGAGGCUCUCCCAGGUCGGUGCCGCCCUGGCGAUUGGGGACCGUAAACUGCUGGACCAGGCAGCCCAGCUCCUGCCUGAGCUUUCCUCCCUGGUCCCCUCCACCCUGCCCACCCCCGCCAGCCUCCAGAUGCCGAGCCACUUACCCCCCCAUGCCGGCGAAGCCACCCCCCACAACCCCGCAGCAGCAGCAGGGGUACGGGCGGGCCUGCCCUCGCGCGCCGCCUCGCCCAGCCUGGCCGGCUUCCGGUACCGCGGCGUGAGCCUGGGCCCUCCCGGCGGCCCGGGCUCCCUCACCCCGCCGGCCCACAGCCUGGGCCUGGAGGUGCGGCCGGGCGCGCACCCCGUCAACGCCAGCCCCUUCCAGCUGUCCUCCGCGCCCGGCCCACGCGCGGCCUCGCCCCUCUCGCGCCCGGAGGGCGCGCGCUCCAGCAAGCGCGCGAUCAAGAACCGGGAGUCGGCGGCGCGAUCGCGCGCGCGGAGGCAGGAGUACACGCAGACCUUGGAGGCCAAGGUGGCUGAGCUGCAGGAGGCCAACCGCCUGCUGCGGGAGCAGGUGGGGGUCAAGCGGGCCCGGUCGCUCUGA